AGAUUUAGGAAGUUUCUUUGCUGGUUGGUAAUCGAAGUAACGUUAUUAUGUCUCCUGGAAUCAACGAUGAUCUCUGUAAUACAGGCGCAUUACCAAAGAGCAAUACGUAUACAAAUAGAAAUAGGGAUAGAGACAGACCGUCAAUUAAUCAAAAAAGCAAUUUCAUUGAAAGGUCACAUCCAGUUCCUGUACAACACGCUAACAAUUUGUUUCAGCUCGAUUGGCAUCCGGUGAGUGAACGACAGACAACGUCGAGCAACGCCACUAGGGUAGCCAAAAACAGCAACACCAGGUCCACGUACUCAAGUGCCUCAUCAUCCUAUUGUUCGGAUUUUGGACCUUAUAACGUUAAUACCAGAUUAUAUCCACAUAUCGACACACGACAAGAGUUAACAUCCUGGAUGAAAAUGACAACUCCGACAGAUUCUCGGACUCAGUCUCCUCCGAAUGAUGCAGCCAAGUCAACAAAUAUGGAUAAAAUGCCUGAACGUGGUCAAGUGGAGGGUCGUUUACAUCAAAUUAGAGAAUACAUAAAAAUAACUUCGACAAUGAUGGACUCAUUAAGUCAAUCUAGUGAUUCUCGAGCUAAAGCCCAACAUGAGAAAUUGAGUAAAAUGGUAGAAGAUCUUUAUGACAGCGAACAGAAAUUAAGUAAACUUAUGGAAGAAUGUCAGAAGUAUUGGAGGCCAAAUGAGCUUGAAAAUGACGAGACCCGCCGAGAGUUGGAUCUGCGCAAGAAGGUGGAGGAGUCGCAGCGUAAGUUGGCUCAACUACAAGAGCAUCAGGCCCAUUUGGUGGGCAUGCAACUGCGGGUACGCGAGCGGUUGAAUGAGGCGCGCCAGGCCCAACAAGCCCUCCUGGAUGAGGAAGCCAAUGAGGUCGAGCGUCAAGAAACCGAGGCGAACGAGCAAAAGGAAGCGGAGGCCGCGGGUCAGAACUCCGAGGCACCUACCGCCGAUAAUGUCGAUAGGCUCGAACGCGAGACCGAGGCACUUCGGAGUAAGCUUGAGCAACUCGAGAGCAAGAAGAGACACAUGGACCACCUCGUUCAGGAGCUGCAGGCCGUCGAGCUCAGCGAGCGUGCGAGUUGCAGUUCGGAUGGUUCGAAGCUUACGGGGCAACGCGACAAAGUGGCCGAGCUGCAAGCUUUGAAGUCUCAGCUUUCGCACUUGAAGUCCUUGAUGGGCGAGGCGACGAGGUGCCGAGAAGACACGGAACUGCCGCAGCUAAGUUCCGAAUUCGAGCACGAGGAGGACUCCGCGAUAGCCCUCGAUGGAACCAAUAGCGGGUCACCCAACAUCCCCAUUAUCGACGACCUUGGUCAGCUGGAGGAAAGCAUCAGCGGCACGUACUCUAACUGCUUUAACGACAUGGAUGAGAGCAUCAGGACAAAUCAGAGCGGCGAUCCACCCACUGUCGAGCAGAUUCAGGCUGUGACGAGGGAAUUGAAGGAGCAGCAGCGUUUACUACAAUCCGCGCGCACGGAGCUUCGGCGCUUGAAGCAAGGAUCCUCGAACUCGGUUCCGUCGCUUGCUCUCGGCGAAAGGAAACAGAGCAAUAACGUGGUUAGCAACAAGCGCCGACAGCUUGAGGAUUUUGUAAGGAAGGUCCGUCUGAUAUUCAUUAAGUACCACAAUACGAACACUGAAGGACAGGAGUGGAGUAAUCAGAGAAACCCUAAUUCGUUAAAUAGUCACGGAAGUACUCCGGCAAAUGCCUGGAUUCCACCUGAAAAUCUUGAAAAUGGUUCUCAUGAGCAUAGUGUCGAUGGUAUAUCGGCAACCGAAAAUUUAUUAGAUAUGGGAUUUCAACCGCCCAUAGAGAAUGGAUAUGGAAGUAACUUUUGGGAAAUGCCAACUGUGCUGUCAAAUCAACCACAUGAUGGUAUUAUAAGUGCUGUUGUAGGAUCGGCAGAUUACUACAAACAGCUGCUUCUUGGUUCUCAGGCACAGCAAUUACAAAUGAUGAGCACAACGAUACAACAGUGCUGUCAACUUUUGUGGUCUCAGCAGCGAGAAAUGCAGUCGAUGAAAUCGGCAAUAGUUCGACUUCAGGCUCAAUUUCGACACACCCAGUCACGUUCAAGUAAUAAUUUGGAACUGCAUGAGGAACAGCAUUCAAACCUUGGGAGAGUUGCGACACAACAGCACUUCGGCUCUCUCGACACGGCAACGCUUCCUCCAAGUUCAUCCUUACCAAAUCUUGUUUCAUUACCGAGCAAUUCACUGGCAUCGCCACUCGUCGUUUCGGCUUUAGCCAAUUGUCAACAGCAGCAGCAGCAGCAGCAACAGCAACAACAACAACAACAACAACAACAACAACAACAACAGCAACACCAGCACCAGCACCAACAGCAGUUGAAUAAUCAGGUUCCGCCAGGCAAUAGAGCAAACAACUACUGGGAUAACUUUCGAAGUUACUCGAGACAAAAUUUGCUCUCAGGAUCAUCCAAAACUACAACUGAUUGUAGCCUUAGUACAUCGGUUCACGCUGUUUUACCAUCUAACACUACCAAUGGAGUUAUUACUUCACACGCGAACAAGUGCAAUCGCCAGCAUGGUCUUGAGAAUUCGCCGAUGCUUAUUACAUCGGACGCACAGUAUUCAUUGAACCUGCAGCCAUGUAGCCGCCAUUUACAACAGCAAGAUAUCGCUCUGCGAAACAACUGUAUGCCCAGCCAGGAGGCAUUGCUUCAUCAACAACAGCCCCAACAGAUACAGCAGCAACAGCAGCAGCAGCAGCAGCAGCAGCAGCAACAGCAGCAGCCAUUACCAUUGACAGAAAAUAUCGGCGAGGGACCAAUGGAGUCGAGAUCGCUCGAUGACGGGGCUUUUGCGAGAAGAGCAAAAAAUAUAAGCAAACGCAAAGACAUAAAACUCAUCUUAAAGUAUUGCUUAAAAGUUUUGGAAUCUAAUAAACAAAAUGAAAACUCUGUACCAUCGCUAAAGUAUUUAAGCAAUAGUUCCUAUUCAAGUGACGACGAAUCAGAAGUUGAUGCUCAAGGUAACAUGAUAGAGUCAACACUAACCAACAACAAUAGCAAAAUUAAUGUUGGAACGCAAACGUGCAUAGACAUCAUUGACACAGAUCAAAAUUUUAAUUCGACGCAAAAGAUUUUGGAUGAAACUGAAUUUUCGGAUGGAUUUUCAAACGAUAUAUAUGAAAUUUGUAUACCGUCUGUCUCAUCAAGUACAAAUGAUAUUAAUGAAGAUGUAAUUGAAUCUGAUCCCAGCAAACCAGUAACUUCCAAUAGUAAUCAGAUAAAUGACGAUGUAAACCAGUUAUUGGAAGAAGGAAAUUUUGAGAAUUUAGAAAUGGAAAAAUUCGAUCCCAACGAUGACUCAUCGUAUGACCCAUUUAAUGAGUUCAAAUGA